AGGUGUUAGGUGUUCUGAUUGGGUGAGGGGAUGUUUCUACGCCUUUGUGUCGAUCUUGACAAUGUAUCCUAAUAACAAGUAGGGGGUGUAACUGGAUGAUUAUAUAGCGGUAGUCUGAAUGCUAGUCAUGUUUAUUCUAUCUAAAGGUUUAGCGUAGACCAGUAGACGUUUUUUAUUUUCUUUUAAUUGUGCAUAGUAAAAACCUACAAAAAUUAUGUCGGGUGGCCAGAGUUUGCAGGAUAGGUUAAUUGCAGCUCGACAUGCUCUUGCAGGUCAAGGGUUAGCAAGAAGUGUGUGUAAAGCAGCGACUGAAGAACUAAUUGCUCCAAAGAAAAAACAUUUGGAUUAUCUUCUACAGUGUACAAAUGAACCUAAUGUCUCCAUUCCACAAAUGGCUAACUUUCUCAUUGAGAGGACUCAACAUUCAUCAUGGGUGGUAGUCUUCAAAGCUUUGGUCACUAUUCAUCAUCUCAUGUGUUAUGGUAACGAGAGAUUUCUCCGUUUCUUUGCAUCAAGUAACUACACUUUUGAACUUGGGAAUUUCAUAGAUAAAAGUGGAGCACAAGGAUAUGACAUGUCCACGUUCAUAAGAAGAUACUCCAAGUAUCUCAAUGGAAAAGCAGUAGCAUACAGAUCCAUAGGUUUUGACUUUUGUAAGAUUCACAGAGGGAAAGAAGAUGGAAAAUUAAGGUCCAUGAGCACUGAAAAGUUGUUACAAACCGUGCCUGCUCUUCAAAACCAGAUGGAUGCACUUGUGGAGUUUGAUUGCACUUCAAAUGACUUGAUGAACUCUGUGAUUCGGGCCUGUUUUAUGCUACUCUUCAGAGACUUAAUACGUCUGUUUGCUAGCUACAAUGAUGGGAUUAUUAACCUCUUGGAAAACUAUUUCCAACUGAACAAGAAACACUGUCAAGAAAGCCUGGAUGUGUAUAAAAGGUUUCUUAUUCAUAUGAACAAAGUAGCAGAAUUCUUGAAAGUUGCAGAGGACAUUGGCAUUGAUAAAGGUGACAUACCAGAUCUAACAAGGGCUCCAAGCAGUCUUCUGGAUUCUCUUGAACAGCACGUGAUGUCUCUAGAAGGAAAAAAAACGAGUUCAACCACAAUAGCAGGACCAACAGGCAAUGCAUUUGGAAGUACUGGAGGAACCCGAAACCAUGAAGUUAACGGUGUCAAGAAAGGCGAACAGAUUCCAGAGGAUCGUAAUGAAGAUGUUUCUUAUACGGAUCAGGGGAAACAUGACUGUCCGAUAGUCUGGGAACAACCAAACUGGACUAAUUUGGAUCUCAAGUUUAAAGAUAUGGCUAACACUGAGAGAAAAACCACUACAUGUGAUGUUCCUACCCUGUGCACCAAGACUAAUCCAUUUCUGUCAUCACCAAGUAGCCAAACACCUAGCACUGUGAUGUCUGGUACUGAAAAAGUCGACUUCUUUUCUCAAUCUACCACGGAUGGAUCAGUUUCAGAAUCUAGUCCUCCCAAGAUAAGCAACAAUUUUCUCGGCUUUAGUGCCAAUCCCUUUGUUGACAGCCUAACGAGAGGCAGCGAACUUCAACAAAGUUUGCCAUUUGGUGCCUUCAGGACUAAUGAUGUUUUUGAAAAUGCCUCAACCUCUUUCACGUCAGUUGAUCGUUUCGUGACUGAUUCUUCAUUUGCUUCAGCAUUUGGAGAGAAGACAGCAUCUUCUUUUGUAAUAACAUCACCUGAACAACGAAAAGGGAAUGGUGAAAUAAAGGUGCCUUCAAUGGACUCUUAUGGAAGAUCAGAUGCACAUUCUUCUGCAACUGAGCAAAUUAGAGAGUCAGGAACUGGACCAAUUUUAUCUCAUCUGUCCGAGUCUGUAUUUGGUAAACAAGUUGAACAUUUGAAAGAAUGUGAAGCUUCAGAAAACCUUGUUUGGGGAAGCAGCUCACAAUGUAGUGAUCCUUUAUCUUCAGAUGUAAAUCCUUUUGGAACCACCUUUAAUCCCCUUUUCUCAACAUCUGUUUCAGUAACUAUGUCAUCCAAAUGUGAAGAUAAAAUAGAUGAUUUUAGCUUGAAUGAUACUAAGUGUAGAAUUGAAGAGUCAGUUGCACAACUUCCUUCAGUGGUGAAAACAAAAUCAACAGUGCCUCUUGUUCCUCCAUUGGAAUGUUCAGAUAUCCUCUCCACUGACUCAGCUUCAGAUCCUAAGAAUUGGUCAACUCUCAAUGCUCUUCAGACUUCUGACAUGCAUCAACACUUGCUCUGUUCUACUGUAUUGAAUGACCUAAAUCCAUCUAUUGAACAUAAGCACUUUGAAGAUUCUUUCAUGGAUUUCGGACAAAAGUUCCAAACUGCUUUAACUAUAAAAUCUAAUUCUAUGACUCAAAGUCAACCAACCCAGACUGUUUCACCUAUUGAACCAACUCCUGUGACCAAAACUUUAACUACCUCGACUAUUUUGCCAAUUGGACAAAGUUCUGUGAUUGGAUCUCCACCACCUCCAACUGGUUUGCCGAUUGGACAACGUUCUGUGAUUGGAACUCCACCACCUCCAACUGGUUUGCCGAUUGGACAACGUUCUGUGAUUGGAACUCCACCACCUCCAACUGGUUUGCCGAUUGGACAACGUUCUGUGAUUGGAACUCCACCACCUCCUUGGCAAACCAGUUGGAGGUGGUGGAGAUCCAAUCACAGAACUUUAACUGGACAAAGUUCAGUGAUUGGAACUCCACAAACUCUGACUGCUUUUCCAGUUGGACAAAGCUCUUUAACUGGAAUUUCAUCAAUUCAGACUGUGUUACCACUAGAAAACAGCCCAGUGACUGAAGUUCUACCUUCAGAGACUCUUUUAGAAAUAGGGGCUAGCCCAGUGACUGAAGUUCUGCCUCCAGAGACUCUUUUAGAAAUAGAGGCUAGCCCAGUGAUUGGAACACUACCUUCAGAGACUGUUUUAGAGGACAACUCAUCUUUAUUAUUCUUUGAAUCACCAGGAAUAGUGAAGUUUCACUCUUCAGAAUUUGAUAGUCCAUCCUUUGGAAUGAGUGUUCCAGCUGUAUCUGUUUCAACAAGAGAAGUUUCUUCAUCAGGUGGUUUUGACUUGUUUGGAGAUGUACUUCAACCACAAACAGUCAAUGACAGUUCCAAGAGUCCUCCAGCAAUAACCCCUGCUGCAAAGAAAAAGCAGUCUCCUGUGAAACCAAUAGUAGAAGGUGAUCUUGAUUCAAGUAUAGCCAAUUUGGCCCAGAAUCUGGAUAUUGGUGGCCCUCCACAACACCUAAAGAAAUUUGAAGCCCAUCAGUGGGGAUCAACAAAAUCAGCUGUGAAGCCUGAUGCAGGAAGUACGAGUGGUGGAGGGGGAUGGGUUGGUUCUUCAACUGGACCGUCUGGCAAUGCUGGUUGGAAAACUUCCCAGUCUGGCUACCAGCCAAUGGGUAUUGCGGGACACCUUGGAAGAGGGACCACAAUGAGUUGCCCAUUCUCUCGGCCAGGAAUACCGCAACAGAGUAUGGGGGUCUGUAUUUCAGCAACAUCAAAUUUUAAUUACUUGUAACAACACCAUGGUCCUGAACAUCACCUUUUUAAUUACUUGUAACAACACCACGGUCCUGAACAUCACCUUUUUAAUUACUUGUAACAACACCACGGUCCUGAACAUCAUCUUUUUAAUUACUUGUAAUAACACCAUGGUCCUGCACAUGAACUUUUUAAUUACUUGUAACAACACCAUGGUCCUGAACAUCACCUUUUUAAUUACUUGUAACAACACCAUGGUCCUGAACAUCACCUUUUUAAUUACUUGUAACAACACCAUGGUCCUGAACAUCACCUUUUUAAUUACUUUUAAUAACACCAUGGUCCUGCACAUCAACUUUUUAAUUACUUUUAAUAACACCACAGUCCUGAACAUCACCUUUUUUAAUUACUUUUAAUAACACCACGGUCCUGAACAUCACCUUUU